CUGGAGGUGAGUGGUCGUCAGUCUGUGCGCGUGCUCUUUUUUUUCUCUUUCUCUCUAUUUCAAGCCUCUACGUCGAGAACGUAACCCGACUUGCCGUCGUAAUCUUUGUACUAAGUAGCUUUUUAACUAGACAAAUACAAACAGGCAUCCACAAUGGGUAAAGAGAAAAUUCAUAUUAACAUUGUCGUUAUUGGACACGUCGACUCUGGCAAGUCCACCACCACUGGUCAUUUGAUCUACAAAUGCGGUGGUAUCGAUAAGCGUACCAUCGAGAAGUUCGAGAAGGAAGCCCAGGAGAUGGGCAAAGGUUCCUUCAAAUAUGCUUGGGUUCUGGACAAACUGAAGGCUGAACGUGAGCGUGGUAUCACCAUUGAUAUUGCUUUGUGGAAGUUCGAAACAGCCAAGUAUUACGUCACCAUCAUCGACGCCCCUGGACACAGAGAUUUCAUCAAGAACAUGAUCACUGGUACGUCGCAGGCUGACUGUGCCGUGUUGAUUGUCGCUGCAGGUACUGGUGAAUUCGAAGCUGGUAUCUCGAAGAACGGUCAGACUCGUGAGCAUGCUCUGCUUGCCUUCACCCUUGGUGUAAAGCAACUGAUCGUUGGUGUCAACAAGAUGGACUCUACUGACCCACCAUACUCUGAGGCUCGUUUCGAGGAAAUCAAAAAGGAAGUAUCCUCGUACAUCAAGAAGAUCGGUUACAACCCAACUGCUGUUGCCUUUGUUCCAAUCUCUGGAUGGCAUGGAGACAACAUGCUUGAGCCAUCUUCUAAGAUGCCAUGGUUCAAAGGAUGGGCUAUUGAGCGCAAAGAAGGCAAAGCUGAUGGCAAGUGCCUUAUCGAAGCUCUUGAUGCCAUCCUUCCACCCAGCAGACCCACCGACAAGGCCCUCCGUCUUCCCCUUCAGGAUGUGUACAAGAUUGGUGGUAUCGGAACGGUACCCGUCGGUCGUGUCGAAACUGGUGUAUUGAAGCCUGGUAUGGUUGUCACCUUUGCUCCAGUUGGUUUGACCACUGAAGUCAAGUCCGUCGAAAUGCACCACGAAGCUCUCCAAGAGGCUGUUCCCGGAGACAACGUUGGUUUUAACGUUAAGAACGUCUCCGUUAAGGACUUGCGUCGUGGUUAUGUGGCAGGAGACUCUAAGAACAAUCCACCCAAGGGUGCAGCUGACUUCACUGCACAGGUCAUCGUGCUUAACCACCCUGGUCAAAUCAGCAACGGUUACACGCCUGUACUCGAUUGUCACACGGCUCACAUCGCCUGCAAAUUCGCCGAGAUCAAGGAAAAAUGUGACCGUCGUACCGGUAAAACCACCGAGGAAAACCCUAAAGCUAUCAAGUCCGGUGACGCCGCCAUCGUCAACUUGGUGCCAAGCAAGCCCAUGUGCGUAGAGUCCUUCCAGGAGUUCCCACCCUUGGGACGUUUCGCCGUGCGUGACAUGCGUCAAACUGUCGCCGUCGGUGUCAUCAAGUCUGUCAACUUCAAGGACGUAUCCGGCAAGGUCACCAAGGCUGCUGAGAAGGCCUCGAAAAAGAAGUCGUCUUAGUUUACGCACAAUCGAACUGCCGGGCGUCUUCGUCAAUCUGCUGUCCCGGGGUCCAGCAGCAGCGUCGUUGCAAGCAGCACUUACGUCACAAACACCACCACAACCCUUGCGCCGCCCCGACACUAUUACAUCUUUCAGCCGCACGGCUGCUGACAGGCUUAAACAUCCAAGACGACCUCGUCGACGCUUCUUUCAUCGCAAAGAGUUCCGCAGGAAAAGGGGAUUCGCCAGCCUCGCCGAUCGUAUUUUUUUUUUUUUUUUUUUUUGUAUCAAUAAUAUUGUAACCUUUUUUGAUUAAUUGAUAAAGUCGACGGCAGCGACAUAGGGAACGUUUGGAUGGAUGGAAGGAUUACGUGCUGUUAGCUGCGCGCUGUUUUACACCAACUGCUAAAACAAUUUGUGUACAUCUGUUUCACAAAAGAAAAAUAAAUAAAACAAGAAUGGAAGGGAAGAAACAACAACAAAAUAACAACAAUUUAGCUCAGUUUAAUUAUAUUUUCUAAUUAUUAUACAAAAAUAAUAAAUCCUACAUCUGCGAUACUCGAGAAAUAUCUCUUUUUUUUUUUUAAUUAUUCAUCAUUAUCUUUUACUUAAUGUCUCCGUCAAUUUUCGCACAAAAAAAAUCUUAACUAUUGAAUGGCCAAGAAUUAUGUCAAUUGAGUAAUCAAUGCAUUUUUCCUUUUGGAUCUUCCAUGACUUUAAAUUCCUCAACUUAUUUACUGACUGUAUAAUGCAUGAAGAUUAAUUUUUAUAAAAUAUUGCUUUUUAAUGACGACUACAUGAAUAAUAAAAACAAAAGUUGCAAAAAAAAAGAAAAAAACAAAAUAUAUAUAGAUUAAACCAAAUAUGCGCCGAUUGAUAUCGGAUAAUAAACGAGUUUUUUUCUAAUUUACUUUUCUUGGAUCAUUCUUAAUACGGAGAGAGUAUGACUGCUAAACAAAACAAAAGUUAACUAAUUUUUCUAAUAACAAAUAAUUAAUAAUGACUGUUUUUUACCUUCCAACUCUAAAGUCUAAUAAACAAGAAAAAACAAAGAAUUUUAACAGUAUCCAUACAGUUAUUACUCAAAUUACUGUUUCAAUAUUAUAUUUAAUAAUUCUGGUUUGUAACAGUUCUUUGUACAUACAUAAAUAAAUGGUAAUGAUUGAGCGUGAAUAAAGAAACU